UGCGGUGUCGGGAGGGUUGCACUCGGCUCUCUCUCUUAACUAUAUUUUUCUCUGGUGUUCGGUUUCGGGUAGUGGGAUAUACACAGGGGUGGGACAGGAUUCGGUUCAGAGGUAUCACUAAAAAACCGGCUUGUGGCGCGCGCUGCUGUGUUUUGGGAUUGGUGUGUUCUCAAUAUGGCGACCUAUUUUGUGAUAACGUACACAGCUACAGCAGGGGCGAACGGGCCCUUGCUUGGCUCAGACGAAGAAGAUAUCGUCAUAAUGCAGUUCUUGGUGUGGGACGCCGCCAGUAGAAAGGUGGUGACGGAGCAGCAGUACAUCGUGAGGCCGCUCUCCGGGGACAUCAACGAGAACGUCCUUGGCGAGCAGUGCCGCGAGGACUACGGACUCACGGAGGAGCAGGUUAAGAACGGUCAGCCCUUCGAGAACGUGAUCGAUUCGUUCGACGCCAUCCUGAGCAAGAUAGCAGACGGGGACACAGGUAAGGUCGCCAUGGUAACGGACGGCCAGCUUCACCUCCGCCAGGUGAUCCACCCGAAGGCGCUGGCGAAGAACCUUGACCUUCCCGAGUACUACAAUGCCUUCUAUGACCUGCGUAAGGAGUUCAAGUCCUUUUACCACUCGGAGGAAAUGACCUGCGUCGCCGAUAUGAUGAACUUCCUCGACCUGGAAUCCGAAGAAGAAGAAGAACUGGCCACUCGCUCAGUCAGAGAUAUGAGCAAGAUUCUCGCCCGUAUGGUCGCUGACGGUCACAGAUUUGUUCUUCCCGAGAAGGUUGUGAUUCGGUUAGAGCCCGGCAUAUGUUCCCGGACGGAGGAGGUCGACAGCGCAUGCGUAGUGCGAGCGAGAGGACUUCCCUGGCAGAGCUCCGACCAAGAUAUUGCAAAGUUCUUCAGAGGUCUAAAUAUUGCAAAGGGCGGCGUGGCCCUGUGCCUGAGCCCCCAGGGCCGCAGGAACGGCGAGGCCCUGAUCCGCUUCGUGUCCCCCGAGCACCGUGACAUGGCCCUCAAGCGACACAAACACCACAUCGGGAACCGCUACAUCGAGGUCUACAAGGCCACGGGAGAGGACUUCAUCAACGUGGCCGGAGGAAGCAACAAUGAAGCCCAGCAGUUCCUCUCGCGGGGCGGUCAGGUCAUCAUCCGCAUGCGAGGUCUGCCCUACGACUGCACGCCCAAACAAGUGGUUGAGUUCUUCGAGUCGGGCGAGAACGGCUGCCACAUCCUGGACAACGAGGACGGCGUGCUGUUCGUGCGCAAGCCCGACGGCCGCGCCACCGGGGACGCCUUCGUGCUGUUCGCCUCCGAGGACGACAGCUCGAAGGCCCUGGCCAAGCACCGCGAGAUCAUCGGCUCGCGCUACAUCGAGCUCUUCCGCUCGACCACCGCAGAGGUACAGCAGUUUCUUUCGCAGGUAUUAAAUCGUUCCAUGGACCCUCGUACAUAUGAACAGCAGCAGCCACUGAUUGCACAGCUGCCCCAGGUACCGCUGCUCCCACAACAGAUCAUCACCUCAGGGACCCGCAAGGACUGUAUCCGUCUCCGAGGACUGCCAUUCGAGGCCCAGGUGGAACACAUCCUUGAGUUCCUUGGUGAACAUGCAAAAAGCAUCGUUUACCAGGGUGUCCAUAUGGUUUACAAUGCACAUGGACAGCCAAGUGGAGAAGCCUUUAUCCAAAUGGACAGCGAACAUUCUGCAUUCCUCGCCUCCCAGCAAAGGCAUCAUCGUUACAUGGUGUUCGGGAAGAAGCAGCGUUACAUAGAAGUCUUUCAGUGUUCAGGGGAAGACAUGAACAUGGUGCUGACUGGUGGCCUGCCAACUCAAAGGCCCGUCAUGUCCCCGGGAGGAACUGUCGUCGCACCUCCAUUUGGCGCAUUCCCACUAGGGCCAGCCCCUGUUUUGAGUGCCGUUGGUGCUGUGACUCCACGUCUACCUGCCUACCCAGGAAUGGCAUACCCGACUAUGUUUUAUUGGCCCUACCCAUCGCCACCAGUGUCUCCGAGCUCCCCGUACUAUAGCUCGCCUCCCCACCUCGCAACACCUGCCACUCCACCACACCAUACUAUCAUUGCCCAGGAGUGUAUACCCAUUCAAGCCAAUGGAGACGCUGCUCGGCACAAUGGUGAGGCAGUAGCAACAAUGUGAAGCAACUAGAAGCAUGAAUAAAAUAGUGGCUCUCACACCUCUACCAAGUGCUUGAGGUUGCAGUUGCCAGCAUGGUAACUCGUCAUUAUCAUAUAGUGGAACUGCAGCAUGAACCAUUCAAGGGGAUGUUGGUUACUCCUCGAGAUUGGAGAAUUUUGGUAAUGUCAAAAAGCUUGACCCAGGACGGAAGAGGGAGGGAGAGGGUUAACGACUUGACUCUGUUUUUGGGUUGUGCAAGUAGAAGUGAGGUAUCUUCAUAGAAACGUUCCUGAAAAGACAUGUUUGCAAUGAAUAGAUGCAAAGUGUUGAUCAUACCACAGCACUGACUAACAUCUGAAGAUUCUUUGUACUGCCAUGAACAGUUGUCAAAAUCACUCGGCAUUGAAAAAAGAAAAAAAAAGAAAAAAAAGAAAAUGCAGACAUCCCCCCUCUGAAUAUAAUUACCAAUUUUUUAAAGUACUGCCAACUCUCUCAGAAUUUCUUCAAAUGGAAAAUAGACAGUGUGAUGAUGUACAAUAACCGCCCCUUAAGUAAGAGAUGUUUAUAGUUGUUAUAAAUUUAUGAAAUAGAAUAUUUUCUUUUUUUUUCUCUCUUUCUCUCUUUAGGUUGUAUACUGAGUUAUUGUCCUUAGGUUAAGGAACUUGUUGCAACAGCCCAUAGGCUGCAACUAGUGUAACAACAAGUAUCACAAAGUCUUCCAGUAGUUGUUUUAAGAAAUUUUAUAUUGCUGUCACCAUUACAGGUGCCUCUGAUGUGUGUUGACAGUUAGAUUAUAGCAUAUACAGUGAUGCUAUUUUCCUUGUACAUUUUUAAGUUUUCUAUCAUGAUUUUUACUUUGUUAAUUAUUGUGCAUUCCAAGUGCCUUAUCAAAUUUGUGAGUGUUGCUUUCAGCAGAACUGCAUCAGUAAUAUACUAUGCUGCUACAAUUUCAUCAUUAAUAUAAGUGAAUCUUGUGUUUUUAAUGUUGGUUUUCCCUAUAUUCAGCAGACCAGAAACACAAGAUAGAUUCAAGAACCAGGGACCAGUUAGUGUACCUGCAUCAGACUUGAAGAGUUAUGUCAUGCACUUAAUACGCUAACUGAUUUGCAGGUAAAGUCCUUGAUGCUAGAUUUAAUCUCAGCACAUAAAGGGCAGUGUUCCUAGUGACAAGGGGAGUUCUCAACCAGUGCCUUGGCUUGUGACUGUAGGGUCUUGAGCAAGAUCAUUGGAUGAAGUCAAGUUAGCCAUCACCAUGCAAGGCAUACCAGUAUCUUGAUUAGUAUAUAGGCCAAAAAUGGAUUGUUCUGUAACAAAUCAUUUAUACAGUGCCUGAUGAAAUUCGUAUUGAUUUGUAUCAAGUUGAAAAUGAAGUUUACAGGGUAGAUUGUGCCUUUGGAGGAAGGCAGUGCAUUUCUUAAUUUAUUCUUUGAGAAGUGCCUAUUCUGUAUAACCCCACAGUAACUACAUGAUCUCUCCAUUACCCCCAGUGAUGUUCACAAGCCCUUGCCACCAUUUUUCGUUUUUUUAAUUAUCGUUAUUAUUAUUUUCCAUAAGAAUUCUACUGUGUGGCAGAUAGGACAGUCUCCAUGAGAACGUACAGUUUUGUUUCUGCUCAUUUCUCUGCUUGUGGCAAGACUAGAGAUUAUGAUCUUUACUUAGAUGAAUUAAGAAAGGUUACAUUAGUUCAGCAUAUGUUGUUUUAAGAGAUUCUUUUUAAUAUCAUAAUUACUAGUUCUGCCACAUUGGCACUUUGAGUUUGAAAGCACUGUAUAACAUUCCUGCCUUUGCAGUUCUGUUGUUUUCUGGUGUUAUGCAUAAGAUUGAUGUAGCAUAAAGCAUCAUUGUGGAAAUAAAACUGCCCAUUACAGAAUGGGCUUUGAAAGUAGGCAGUCAUUGCUGCAGUCCACAAUUUCAUCAUUCAUUAGUAUUAUCUAAUAAGUGUUAUUAUCUUAUAAUCAUCAUUGUUGAAUUUCCUUCACUGUUAGAUAAUCAUUGUUGAAUUACUUUCACUGUUAGAUGUUGGAGUGCUUCAUGAAAUGACAAGACCAUUCAGAAGUGCUGCAGUAUGCUGUAAUUUUAGAUAGUAGGCAGAUUUCCCAUAAGAAGAAUUUGGGAGGAGACAGUUGCUACGAAUGUUUUCAAAUGAUGAGUUUAUUAUCAUAGUUAUUAAGUUGCCCUAAAUACCAGAUUCUAGGGCUUUCAAUCUAAUAGGUGCGUUUUGAGUGCCGCAGUGUAUCAAUUUCCUGUUCUUCGUACCCUAGUCGUGAUAGCGUGAGUAGUGAGCCUCAUCGGUGCUCAAGCCACUCUCAACCUAAUGCUCAGGCAGCCACGUGCACCACGCCUCUAAAACUCUUGCCGUUUCUUUGUUUUAUUUUGUUUUUUGUUUUUUUAUUUCUCUCUCUCUUUUUCUUCUUAUUCUUCAUCUGUUAUUCAGAAGUACAUUUUUUUUGUUUACCUUUUCUUUAUAUAUAUAUACACUAAGAAAGUGUGCCCUUUUUAUUUUAUUUUUAAUUUUUGAUUUUCUAUAUUUUUUUUUGUUUUUUCACCCAUCUUUUAACAUAUUAAUAUUUAUUCCUUAUAAUACUCAGUUGUCAAUGAUCCACUUUUUUCUUUAUUUAUUUAUUCAUUUGUAUCUUUAUUUUUUUAUUAUUUUUUUUUUUUUGCCCCCCCCCCCCCUCACCCUCACUCCGCUGCAGUGAGUUGAUCUCUAAAACUACCCCAUGACUUAUAUAGAUCUGAUUUGGAAUCAGUACUGUCUUUCCGAAAGUGAUUUUUAUUUGUAAUUGUGGUGUACGUGGCUGAAAUACUUAUUUAUUACACAUAUUACCAAUUUAAAUAUGAUAAAUAAAAAAAAGUUUGCACGAAAUUAAGAGCAGAUAAAUUAUUUCCUAUGUUAACAAGUCAUCAGCAUCCAAAGAUAAGUAUGUGUAACAAGUGAAUAAGGUUUUUAUUGUAUUAUAAUUAUUGCAUUAUCUCGUGACCAUCAUCUGUGAUAUUUUAAUGUGUGAAGAGCCAUCUUAUGGAAUGCCAGGGAGACAGGUGCUCAAUAGUUUGGUUAUUAAUAUGUGGCUAAAAUUCACAAUGAUUUUUUAAGGGAGAAUUACUGGUAAGUCUCGGGCAUCUUCGAAGGUGUUAAGGGAUGACCUGGCUCCCUUUCGGCAGAAAUUUGCAUGCAAUCCUAGAGAGAAGUGCUUAGCCAAAAACUAACACAAAAAUCAGCAAUAUAAAAAAAAAAAAUGCAUAUUUCUACCAACAUUCUUAUAUAUGGACAUACAAAUUCCUAAGAUUUUAAUUGGCAUUUAUAACUGGAAAGUUUGUGUGUGACACACAUUUUUGUCACAUGUCUGUGGUGCCCAUAUUUCUCUUAAUCUAACAAUGCAUUUUAUACUGAAAAGAGUAAAGGCAUGAGAGAUAUGCAACAUACCACUUCGGAUACCUGUCGUUUGGGAGCCAUGGGACGAACGGUCUUUCUCUUUCUGUAGGUAAUUUUUUUUCGUUAUUAUUAUUACACCGGGUGCAUUGGAAAGGUACUUCUGGGGGAGCAGUAAAUAAUAAUUUGUUGCUCAGUAGCUCACCUUGGGUCAUGCUCUGUCAGUCCACAGUCUUGUUUUAAAUGAAUUUCUGAAGGUGGUUGUGGCAGUCACUAGCUUUUGGUUCUUUGCGGCUUUGGGUACACCAUACUAGGGUAUGUAUAAAUUUUCCUCACUUCCUCCUUGUCUUCGUUUGUACUUGCUUCCUCUUGACUGUAGUGUGUUUAAAAAAGAAAAAAAAGUUGAAAGUCAGAUCAUGGGGUCUGAAUUGGCCAUCGCCCUGAAACUUCUCACCAGACUUUUGCAGCAGGAGUUUCUUAUAUCUUACAGAGGCCAAUUUAGGAUUCAUUUGACUAGUAGUGCUAAUAAUAAUAAUAAUCCUAGCAUCCCAGUAUAAUCCUUUACCUGAUUUCCAUGGCUUUUUACACUAGAGAUAACGUAGUUCUUAAGGUCAUUCCAUAUAUUUUGUGCUCCAUACUUCAUUGUGCACAUUCCAUUAGUAUAAUAGGAAAUAUUUUUCUCCAGUUCCAUUUUUCAUUCUUGUAAAUAAUGGAGAAAGUUAUCCUUGAACCUUUGCUCUCAGGGAAGAUGGCUCAUGAAGACCCAUCUUGUUGAGAGCAAUGAAUUUUCCUUAAUCGAAGAUCGGCUUCGAUUAACUCGUAUUUACUCUCGAUAUCCUCUUAUGCUUUUCUUAUACCUGUUUUCUCUCCCCGUCCCACCCUUUCUUUUUUUCUCUCUCUCUCCUUUUUUUUCUUUUUUUUUCCUUCCCCUUUCCUUUUUUUUUUUUUUUUUUUUUUUUUUUUUUCAUUCUUUUUAUAGAUAUUCUGAUUUUAAUGUAGAUUUUAUAUAGACUACAUUUUAUUUAAUUAAAAUGUGUUGUACGAAGUGGUUGAUUUACGAACUCUAGUUGAUUAUUUUCUCCUUGUAUAGUCUACAUUGCAUUUGCCAAGACUCAAGCCACGAUGGUGUUGGCAUGUCAACUAGCCUGUUACACCUCGCCAUGCCAACCAUUGCUUACAAUAUAUUAGAACCAAUGCCCACCUACGGAUCUCUGCGGUUGCAAGUUGUACUGCUGUGUUGCAGGGACCAAAGAAUUGUAAGGGUGUAAAGCAGAAUGUUCAUGGAGAAGAUGCCCUCUCUAGGUCUUUCCUUCCUUUGGGAUAUAUUCAUCCCCAAGUGCAAUAAUACACAAGAUAUUUAUCCUGUAUUUCUAGUGAGUGUAACUUGUUGCAAUAUAAGAGUAUAAUUAUCAUUAUUCACUAAAGUGUUAAUAUAGAAUUUUGAAUUUUUCUAUCUUUGUAGUUCUGUUUGAACUAUGUUGAAAUGUGACUUAAUAUGAUUAUCAAGUGUAAUAUAUAUCUUCUAAUUUUACGUGAAUAGAAAAUAUAUUACUCAGAUGCGUUUAGAGUAGGGCUCUCGACAGCCACUCUGAACGCACCAAUUCAAUCAAGCUUGAAAGAGUGAAUGACGAUCGCUUUAGAAAGAAAGAAAAAAAGUUGCUGUAUUUAAAGACCCCCCCCCUCUCAAACUAUAGAGAAAAUACACCCACUCCCAUUUAACAAACUAACAAAAAGAAAGGGAGAUUUUGUUCACACGUUUUGUAGACAUAGGUGUAAUUUUUGAACACAGAAAACUCCUGAAAUAGAGAGUAGCAUAUAAUUAAAGACUGUUUUAUCCUUUUUUUUCUUGUAUGUGCAAAUAUAGUUUAGUGAUCAUAGCAGCUUUUUGCAUGUAUUUAUAUUGAAUAAUGUAAUGAAUAAAGUAAUCCAUGCAAAUA